UCUCUAUUAAUUAUUCUCUCAGAAGAGCAAAUUAUUAUACUAGCUACGACACAAAAUCAAACAAAUUAAGCAGAGAGAGAAAGCUUGAUCAGCUUGAGGGCUUCAAUAUGGGUCACCAUUCUUGCUGCAACCAACAGAAGGUAAAGAGAGGUCUUUGGUCUCCUGAAGAAGAUGAAAAGCUCAUUAGAUACAUCACCACCCAUGGCUAUGGCUGUUGGAGUGAAGUCCCUGAAAAAGCUGGGCUUCAAAGGUGUGGAAAGAGUUGUCGUCUGAGAUGGAUUAAUUAUUUGAGGCCUGAUAUUAGAAGAGGCAGAUUUACUCCUGAGGAAGAGAAACUGAUUAUUAGCCUCCAUGGAGUUGUAGGAAACAGAUGGGCACAUAUAGCAAGUCAUUUGCCUGGUAGAACAGACAAUGAGAUAAAGAACUAUUGGAAUUCAUGGAUCAAAAAGAAAAUACGAAAACCAUCUUCUACUUCUUCUUCAACAACUACAACUACUGCACCUAAUAGCUCUGAUCAUCAUCCCCAAAUGUGUUACACUUCCAACCAACUAGAUUUCGUAAAUCAAGAUUUGACGACCACGACAACCAUGUCCAAGUCUUCGUCCCAAGACCAUUCACUAUUUUCUUCAUCAUGCCCUUUGUUCAUGUUUGAUACUGGUACCAUCGAAGGUGCGGCUGAAAGCAACAAUGUACGUCCGGAGCUAUUUCAAGAAGUAGGUUUGAGCACCGAGGCAUGGAAUUUGAACCAUCAUCACCAAGUUCAAGCACUUCCUCAAGCGUUUUCGAACGGAAUGGACACCAACUAUUUGCCACCGUUGAUAGAGAACAUGGUUAAUCCUGGUCAUCAUCAUCAUGGUCAUGAUCAUCAUCAACAAAUACAAUCAUGUAGUAUGGAUGAAGAAGGAGAUCAAAUGGCAGGUUUGGAAUGCUUUCAGAGACAGGAAUUGAAUGAAUGGGUUGAAUCACAGCAACAAUGUUCGAAUUUCCUUUUCUGGGACAAUGUCAUGGAAGGACAGCUUGUUGGUGGAGAAAUUGCACCAACUUCUUCUUCUUCAAGUAUGGGAGUGAUUAACAAUCUCUCUUCUUUUCCUUCCUCUUUAUAAGAUAUUUUAACGGCAAGGAAAAAUCUUUCUCUUCUCUUUCCUUUUUUUUUUUUAAAUUUUUUUUAGCAAGAGUUUCGAAAAUGGUCCAUUAAGGGUUUUGAAAAAAACGUAUACAAAGAAGUUUGUUUUGUUUAUUUUGAUGGGUGAGAUUGUGAAAAUAUGAGGAGCGAAAAAAAAAAAAAAAAAAAGAAAAUAAAAGCACGGAUAUGCAUGCAAAUGUUUAUUGUUUUGGGGAUUUUUUUUUUUUUUUUUUUUUUGGGGGGAGAUGUUUGGAAAUUAACAUAAAGACAGGAAAAAAGAAUAAAAGGCAACGUAAGCCCACCACAGCCACACAGCAGCUAUUUUGGAAAGUUGAUUAUGAGAUUCCCCCUACAAUCAUGGUUUCGAAUGUUUGUCACACAUGGUGUUGAAUUAUAGUCAAAGUUUUUUUUUUUUCCUUAAUUUUUUUUUUAUAUGCCUUUUUGGAUCUACCAAGCUUAAUGUAUAAUGGGCCAAGA